GUUUCUUCAACAUUUUCUUGUUUAUUUUCCCAUUUUUUUGCUCUAAAAUUUUCUUCUCUGUACUACUCUUCAGUGGCUUCUUCCUUCAAGUGUUGAAUUUGACUGUAUUUUUUUGUUCUUUUCACACUGAGCUAUGUGUUUCGGUGAUUAUGUAAUUGGGUUAAGUUGUAUACCCUUCCUUGCAAGUUUUUGUGUUUUUUUUGUGAACGGGUUACUCUUGAGUAUUCUUCCUGUUACUUUUCCGUACAUGAAAUGUUUUGAUGGACUUGUUUUUGAGAAUAAAUACUUGUUUAUCAUAUUUUGGUUUUUUUUGUGUCGUUGGCUGGGUUAUCUGAUGGAUGGAUUUGAUACCCUUGUCUGGAGCAUCUGAUUCUGAUUGCAAAAUAUGAUUUGCCUGUGAGAUUUGUCUCAGAAAUGUCUGAUUGACUUGAUACCAUAACAUUUGGCCUAACUCUAUCUCAUUCAGAAAAUUCUUUUGAUCGCUGUUGGUGCUUCUGUGCUUGUCCUGCAGUUUAUGCAGUGCUUAUCAUUAUAUGAACUUUUGAUAUCAUUAUUAGUGUAUUCACAGUGCUCUUCUUUCCCUGUUCAGUGAUACUUGUGAGUGUUGAUUUCAGGGUUUCUUAAUUCUGGUUAGGAAAUAUUUGCACUCUCUUAUGGAUUUAUGACGUAAAAACAUUUGAUGUCUAUCAUAACUUAAAAGUGCCAAUCCCUUUUUGAGAAAGCCAAUUGUGACAAAAUUGGUUAUUUGUUUCCGGGGCUUGUGCUUAUCAACUUGAAUUUUAAAUGCUUCUGCAAGCAAGGUUUUCAUUCCCUUAAAAAUGAGGAUACUUUAUAAUAUCUUAUUUCAUUGAAAUCUCUACAUUGUCAUCUAUGGCACUAUUGGGCAUGGGUGCAAACAGGCAAAACAAUGGUUAUAUCCCAGGAUAUCAGUCCCCGAGGGAUUUUGUCUUCAGUGCAGAAGGCAGCACAUGGACCUCAUCUAAUUAUACUGGUGAACGUGAGGAUGACUGCUAUGGACUUGGAUCCUCGCCAUUGUCAUCAACUUGUCAUCUUUUAGGUUACAACAAGGAACUUCUGAAACAGACAAUACUCAAGCAUGAGGCCAUAUUCAGGGACCAAAUUCAUGAGCUUCACCGUAUUUACCAGAAACAAAAAGAAUUAAUGGAUGAAAUUAAAAGGAUUGAGUUACAUAAACAUACUAUAAGGUUGGAGACAUCAUCGUCAAGUUCCUCUUUGUAUUACUCUCAAAAUUUGCAUUGGUUCACUAGUCAAUCAUCUAUUUUAAAUGCUGAAGGCAUCCAGUUACCAUUGGCUUCUAUGCAAGAAAUGAGCAAGCAAUUACAUCCUACUCCUGUUGCUGCUCCUGCCCCAGCUGUUGCUAAGGACUAA